AUGAUCAUUCUUGCUCUAGUCCUCGGACUCAGCGCGUUCGCGCUCUACUUUGUAUUCUGGCCCAAGCCACUCCCUAACUUCCCACAUAACCCUCUUAGCAGCAUACUAGGAGAUCUUCCCGAAAUCUUACGGAUGAUAAAGAGCGGAAAGACUCUGUCCGAGUACUAUGGAAUUCUCGUCGAACGGCAUGGGCCUGUCAUCCAGAUGUUUAUUGGAUGGCAUAUGUCUCUGGUUGUCGCUGACCGUGGAGAAGCAGAGCGUCUCAUGAUCAAGUUCAAAAAUGUUGAUUUCCCUCCGACAGUGUUUCGCAUGUUUGAGCCGCUCAUCCCGCUUAGUAUAAUGGGCCUUCCAGGAAAGGAUACAUGGAAACAUCAUCGCCGUGUUAUGGGACCUACUAUGAAUCGUCGAUUCCUGACUCGAAUGGAGCCCCAUGUGCUUGAAAUGGCGAGACAGCUAGUAAAUCUUUGGGACCGAAAGCACCGGAUUGUUGGUGACAGGGCUUUCGCCGCAGAUUUAGACCUCGGUCUAGCCAGCAUGAACUCCUUGGCAAUUAUAGGCGUUGGAGCUUCGCUUGACCCCCUCGACCGUAUUCCCGCAUCCACAACUUCAGUCGAAAAGACCAAUGAAUCCGACGUUGUUGAUAUUCCUGUCAAGUCCUCCACCCCUAUGUUUGAUGGCAUUCGUAACCUGAUGACAAAAGUCGGUGCAGUGUUCUUGCUACCAUUUCCUUCUGUUACAUUUCCGGCCUUCCUUUGGCUUUCACCAUCAUGGCGGCGAGAUCUUCAUAUGAUUCGUUCUUUCUUAAUGAGCAAGAUCGUUGAAGCCAAAAAGCGAGAAGUCAACCAUGGGGCACUUGCCACGGACGCGGAAUCCGUACUCGACAUGCUUCUCCUACCAGACCCCCGUGAUGGGACCGAACAGUUCGACGAGAAAGAAUUAUUGGACGAGUUAGCGGCAUUUCUUAUCGCUGGUUCGACUGUAGGGAAAGUUCUCGCGUGGUUCGUCAAAUACAUGCCCAAGGAUGCGGAAAUCCAACGACAGUUACACAACGAAAUGCGUACAGUAUUCGACGCCAACAAAGAGGAUACAUCCAAAUAUCUAGCUGAUUUGAAUGACCCUGAUAAAGUUCCAAUCCUCGAAGCCGUAAUGGCUGAAACACUCCGUUGUGCUCAAGUCACAAGUGCAACAGUUCGUAGCCUAUUAAACGAUGAUAUCAUUGGAGGAUAUCACGUACCCAAAGGCACUACCGUUAUCAUCCCUCUAUGGUACUUCGCGACUCAGCAAUCUGCAUGA